AUGGAGAUUCGGGACAUUGAGAGAAAACUAAAAGAGGCUUAUCGGGAUGAGGAGUUGUACUGGCAACAGAAGAGCAGGAAAUUCUGGUUACGGGUGGGGGAUAAGAAUACAAAAUAUUUUCAUGCUUCGACUAAGCAGAGGAGGGUUCGGAAUAAGAUUGUUGGGUUAUUUGGUCCGGAUAAUGUCUGGGAUGAGUCACCUUUGGGAAUGGAGCCUAUAGCCUCCAUAUAUUUUGAGGAUUUGUUUAAACGAUCUGAUGUAAGUGGUAUUUCAGAUAUACUUCAAGAGAUUUCACCUAUCAUUACAGAUGCUAUGAACCGAAGUCUAACAAGGGAAAUUACGGAGGCGGAGGUUCGGAAAGCUUUAUUUGCUAUGCAUCCUGAGAAAUCUCCAUGCCCUGAUGGUAUGACAGCUUUAUUUUUUCAACGAUUCUGGCCUUCUUUAAAAGGAGAUUUGGUGGCCUUGGUUAAAAACUUUUUCAGGACGGGUGGUUUUGAUCCUCGCCUCAAUGAAACAAAUAUCUGUCUCAUUACUAAGGUGGAUCAACCACAACGUAUGACGGAAUUUCGGCCUAUCAGUCUUUGUAAUGUGAGCUAUAAGAUUAUUUCGAAAGCUUUAUGUUUUCGGCUGAAGCGGUUUUUACCGUCGAUGGUCUCAGAGACACAAUCGGCCUUUGUGUCGGGUAGGUUGAUUACUGAUAAUAUCCUAGUUGCCCAGGAAAUGUUUCACGGGUUAAAUACUAAUCCACGCUGCAAGUCGGAGUUUUUGGCUUUUAAAACGGAUAUGAGUAAAGCGUAUGACCGGGUUGAAUGGGAUUUUUUGGAAGCGGUGAUGAUUAAGUUAGGUUUUGAUAGGCGGUGGAUUUCAUGGAUUAUGUGGUGUGUUUCUUCGGUGUCGUAUCAAGUUCUCCUAAAUGGUCAACCUCGGGGAUCCAUUUUACCAAAGAGGGAUUUACGUCAGGGUGAUCCUCUUUCUCCCUAUUUGUUUAUUCUUUGUACAGAGGUCUUGAUAGCAAAUAUUAAAAAGGCUGAACGGGAGAAGAGACUUACAGGAAUUUCAAUUGCUCGGGAUUACCCAUCGAUCUCACAUCUUUUGUUUGCAGAUGAUAGUCUGUUCUUUUGUAAGGCAGAGGAGUCUGAAUGUAAAGUGGUAAUGGAUAUUAUAGGUAACUAUGGGAAAGCCUCGGGUCAAGAGGUAAACUUAGAGAAAUCGUCCAUCAUGUUCGGUAAGAAAGUGCCGUCUGAUGUAAGGUCUCGGAUUAAAACAGUAAUUGGUAUCUCCAGAGAGGGUGGAAUGGGUUCUUAUUUGGGUAUUCCUGAGAACCUACAGGGUUCGAAAACUGAAGUUUUCAGAUAUGUUAAUGAUCGCUUAGAUGAUCGAGUUAAUGGCUGGUCGGCGAAGAUCCUAUCAAAAGGAGGUAAAGAGAUUAUGAUAAAAUCAGUUGCGUUAGCUCUUCCGACGCAUGUCAUGUCAUGUUAUAAAUUGACUCAGGAGUUAACGUCCAGUCUUACGAGUGCUAUAUCAAAAUUCUGGUGGAAGUCUAAUGAUAAGGCCAGAGGUAUGCAUUGGGUAGCUUGGGAUAAACUGUGUAAGGAUAAAUGCGAUGGGGGCUUGGUUUUCCGUGCUCUGGAAGAAUUUAAUGAUGCAAUGCUGGCUAAGCAGUAUUGGAGGCUGAUCCAUUACCCAAAUUCUUUGAUGGCUCGGGUGAUGCGCGGUCGAUAUUUCAGGAGAAAACAUCCUUUAUUGGCGACUAAACCUUAUUCUCCAUCCUUUGCAUGGAGGAGCAUUUUCUCGACAAAGGGAUUAGUGGAAAGAGGGGCAAGGUGGCUCGUAGGGUCGGGGCGUAACAUUUCGGUUUGGCGAGAUUCGUGGAUCCCGGAUCAUCAGACAAGACCGGCGAAUAGCAGGGGGAGAGUACUUCAUCCUAACCUGAUGGUAAACCACCUAAUUAAUCCCCUAACAUUGGAUUGGCACUUGCCUAUUUUAGAGGAGUUCUUGGAUCCAGCGGACAUUCAGCUUGUACGGAGUCUGACGGUCAGUAAGUCAUUGAUUCCGGACAGAGUGAUUUGGCAUUACACUAAGUCCGUCAAGUAUUCAGUAAAAUCUGGUUAUAGACUAGCACGGGAUUUACAUAAGGAAGUCGUGUACGGGCCGACAUGCACAGCUUUACGGGCACAAGCAUGGAAACUUGAUGUCCCCUCAAAGGUCCAACAUUUUUUCUGGCAGGUGGCGUCUGGGACACUUCCUGUGAAGGAACGGCUCGCGCACCGGGGUGUCCGAUGCGAUGAUAUGUGUCUGCGGUGCGGUUCAGAGGUGGAGACUAUCAAUCACGCUCUUUUUGAGUGUGUUCGUUCGCGUUUAAUUUGGGAGUUAUCUCCGGUCCAGUUGUCUUUGACUGGCUUUCCUUUUGGAUCUGUGUACUCUAAUUUAGAUUAUCUUUACUCCAACACCUUUUCUAAUUCUGGGGGUUCAGGCAUUUGUUAUAUGUUGCCUUGGAUAUUAUGGACAAUUUGGAAAGAUAGGAACAACAAGGUGUUUCAAGGAAUUGAAGCAGAGCCUAUGGAUAUUAUAAAUCAGGCGUUAAACGAUAAACUUUUUUGGGAGGAGGCCAAGUCUUUCUCUGCGAAUUAUUUGGUCCCCCAGCCUCCUCUGGAGGUAAGGAACUCUUCGAUUCGCUGCCAGGUUGAUGGCUCCUGGAAAGGUUCGGAUCCUUUGGAAGGUUUGGGAUGGUGGUAUGGUACUAAUGAUGAUAAGACGAUUCUUUUGGGAGCUCGCAGUUUGCGACGUAGUCCCUCCCCUCUCCAUACGGAGUUUCAAGCCUUGAUAUGGGCUAUGGAGUCUCUUCGUGCGGCAGGGAUAGAUUGUCCCAAUUUUGAGUCUGAUAGCUCAGAGUUGGUGGCGAUGGUGCAGGCUCCCGAAGAUUUCUAUUCGCUAAGUUCAUCCUUCUCCUCCUUCACUCUGACCCAGAUUCCGAGGACUGCUAACGGGCGAGCUGAUUGUCUGGCGCGCUCUUCUAGAUCUUUAGUUUCUGCACUUACUUUUGUAAACUCUUCCCCUCCAAAUUGGACAACCAAUUCUGGAGUCACCUUUUAA